AUUGUUACACUCCAAAGAUCCAUGUCUAGAAAUACCAUAAAUAAACGAAGGAAAGAGAAAAGAGGCGGGAAUAAAAACGGCAAAGCAAUCGGAAAAGCAAACGUGUCAUUGAAAGCAAUCACAAAAGGGGACCCACUUUGGGUGCGUGUCACCCUCAAUAUAUCAAAUACCAGUAUACCACCAUCACCAUUACCAAACUAAUAAACCGCGAAACUCUCUGCCACAAAUUCAUACCUCUUUUAAACCCUAACCUUUUUUCUUUUUUGUUUUCUAUCUUUUCAAUUUUUCUUAACUAAUUUUAUUUUAUUAGUUUUUUGAUUUUUUCAAAAUUUUGAAAUUUUCGGCCGAAAAGAAAAAUUGAAAUUGGGGAUUCUUUGAAUUUUCUACAAUCUACUUUAACUCCACUUUCUUUUUGCAUUUCUUUCUCUCUCUCCUCUAAUUCCAGAUUGUCAAUGGAGAAAUCGAAAAUUUGUUGAAGUUUAAAGAAUGGAGUUAGGGAGGAAUUCCAGCUUGUCUGGCCCACUUGACUUUGCUCGUCCUUGUUUUGAAGGCUCAACAAGUCGUGAAAGAAAAGAGCGGAAAUCAGAUGUUGAGAUAUCAGAAGAUGAGAAGAAGAAGAAGAUGGGAGGUUUUAAAAAGAGAGCAAUUAACGCAUCCAGUAAAAUAAGGCGUUCACUCAGCAAGAAAAAAGGCAAGCGGAAGGUUGAAGGACUUCCUUCUGUUUCUAUAAAGGAUGUACGAGAUGUUAAGGAAGUGCAGGCUGUGCAAGCAUUUCGACAAGCACUGGCUUUGGAUGAGUUACUACCUGCAAGACAUGAUAAUUAUUACACCUUGCUGAGGUUUUUGAAGGCAAGAAAGUUUGACAUUGAGAAGGCAAAGCAAAUGUGGGUUGAUAUGCUCAAGUGGAGAAAAGAAUUUGGUGCCGACACUAUCCUUGAGGAUUUUGAGUACCAUGAGUUGGACGAGGUCUUAAAGUAUUAUCCCCAGGGAUUUCAUGGUGUUGACAAAGAUGGGCGGCCUGUCUAUCUUUACCUACUGGGAAAGGUUGAUACAGAGAAGCUUAUGCAAGUAACUACAAUGGAACGAUACCUCAAAUAUCAUGCUCAAGAUUUUGAAAGGUGCUUUGCACUGAAAUAUCCAGCUUGCUCCAUUGCUGCUAAAAGGCAUAUAGAUUCAAAUACAACUAUUCUUGAUGUUCAAGGCGUGGGCUAUAAAAACCUAACAAAACCUGCUCGUGAACUGAUAAUGCGGCUACAAAAAAUUGAUAACGACAACUAUCCUGAGACUCUUUACCGAAUGUAUAUCAUUAAUGCUGGCAAUGGCUUUAAAUUGGUCUGGAAUGUAAUCAAGCCUUUUCUUGAUCCUCAUACGACAUCCAAAAUUCAUGUCCUUGGCCCCAAAUAUCAGAGCAAACUGUUUGAGAUCAUUGACAAAAGCCAAUUGCCUGAAUUUCUUGGCGGUACAUGCAAUUGUGCAGAUCAAGGAGGUUGUGUAAGGUCUGACAAGGGACCAUGGAAAGAUCCUGAAAUCUUAAAGUUGAUUCAAUCUGGCGAAGCCGAAGUAGCUAUAUCAAACAGUGAAGGCAGGGUUAUUGCUUACAACAAGAUGAUUAAAAAUCAUGACACAUCAACAGCAGAGUCUGGAUCCGAAGUUGAAGAAAUUUCUUCUUCUAGAGCACCUAGGGCUUCUUUGGAGUUAAAAUUGAUGCCAGUGGAUGAAGAAGCUCGGAUAGCCAGAAAUAGUGGCUCUUCUGGUGGCAUUCCUGAUAAUGAUGAAAAUGUUCCUGUAAUUGUGAAGCACUUGGAUUCAGAAUCUGUAGGAGUUGUCUCCAUUGAUCAGUCAAAUCCAUCCACAGAGACAAUAUCUCAACAAUCUGCAGAUGUAGAGCAAAGUCAUUUCCGAAUUUUCGCUGCAGUCGUGGCCUUCUUUGUGACCUUAUUUGCUUUCUUCCGGUCAGCAACGAUGAAAAUUUCUCGAGAAGUUCCCAUGGUUAUUUUGAAUUUUGCCCGCAACCUUCAUGAUAUCCUUGGACCAGAUUUUAAAGAAAAUUUGCAACAACCGUCAGUGAGUCCAGACAUGACAGAGACAGAAUUUCGCUUAGUUACACUCAGAAAGCUCAGUGAUCUUGAAGAGAAUGUAAAAACAUUACAGACAAAUCCAACGCAAAUGCCUUCUGAGAAAGAGGAGUUGCUAAAUGCUGCAAUAUAUCGUGUGGAUGCUCUGGAAGCAGAGUUGAUUGCAACCAAAAAGGCAUUACAUGAAGCUUUGAUGAGGCAGGAAGAUUUGCUCGCAUUCUUUGACGCACAAGAAUCUGCCAGAUUUCGGAGGAGAAGGUUCUGCUGGUGAAGAAUGGGUUGCUGCUUACAGGGAUAAACUUGCCGUAUUCUUUGGGUCUCUUUCUCGGCAUUGUGUAUUGGGGUAGAGUUUUUAAUUAACAGAGGAUCCUCCUGUAUUUUCUGUACAGUAUAGGGUUUCAUAUUUUUCUCCUGAGGUUAAGAUUUAUUAAAAGAAAUGAGAAAAAAGUUAGUACUUGUAUGCGUUUUCUUUGUCUACUGUUGACAUUUCUUUCGA